CCGCGCCCGUGUUGCCGUCUAGUAGGAGCUGUUUUCAGGGUUCUUACUCAAUCGGCUUGUUGUGAUGCGUAUCCCCGUAGAUGCCAGCACAAGCCGCCGCUUCACGCCGCCUUCCACCGCGCUGAGCCCCGGCAAGAUGAGCGAGGCGCUGCCGCUGGGCGCCCCGGACGCCGGCGCCUCCCUGGCCAGCAAGCUGAGGAGCGGCGACCGCAGCAUGGUGGAGGUACUAGCUGACCACCCCGGAGAGCUGGUGCGCACCGACAGCCCCAACUUCCUCUGCUCCGUGCUGCCCACUCACUGGCGCUGCAACAAGACCCUGCCCAUCGCUUUCAAGGUGGUGGCUCUGGGGGACGUUCCGGAUGGCACUCUGGUCACCGUCAUGGCGGGCAACGAUGAAAACUACUCGGCAGAGCUGAGGAACGCCACAGCGGCCAUGAAGAACCAGGUGGCAAGAUUCAAUGACCUCAGGUUUGUCGGCCGGAGCGGUAGAGGCAAGAGCUUCACUCUGACCAUCACCGUCUUUACGAACCCCCCACAAGUCGCCACCUACCAUAGAGCCAUCAAAAUCACAGUGGACGGCCCGCGAGAACCCCGAAGACAUCGGCAGAAACUAGAUGAAACCAAGCCGGGGAGUUUGUCCUUUUCCGAGCGGCUCAGUGAACUGGAGCAGCUGCGGCGCACGGCCAUGAGGGUCAGCCCGCACCACCCAGCCCCCACGCCCAACCCUCGGGCCUCCUUGAACCACUCUACUGCCUUUAACCCUCAGCCUCAAAGUCAGAUGCAGGAUGCGAGGCAGAUCCAGCCGUCCCCACCAUGGUCCUAUGAUCAGUCUUACCAAUACCUGGGAUCGAUCACCACCUCUUCUGUGCACCCAGCAACACCCAUCUCACCUGGACGUGCCAGCGGCAUGACGAGCCUCUCGGCAGAACUUUCCAGUCGACUUUCAACAGCCCCGGACCUGACAGCCUUCGGGGACCCGCGCCAGUUCCCCACGCUGCCGUCCAUCUCAGACCCGCGCAUGCACUACCCCGGCGCCUUCACCUACUCUCCGCCCGUCACGUCUGGCAUCGGCAUCGGCAUGUCGGCCAUGAGCUCAGCCUCUCGCUACCACACCUACCUGCCGCCGCCCUACCCAGGCUCCUCGCAGGCACAGGCCGGGCCCUUCCAGACCAGCUCGCCCUCCUACCACCUGUACUACGGCGCUUCUGCCGGCUCCUACCAGUUCUCCAUGGUGGGAGGCGAGCGAUCGCCCCCGCGCAUCCUGCCGCCCUGCACCAACGCGUCCACUGGCGCCGCGCUGCUCAACCCCAGCCUCCCCAGCCAGAGCGACGUGGUGGAGACCGAGGGCAGCCACAGCAACUCGCCCACCAACAUGCCACCCGCGCGCCUGGAGGAGGCGGUGUGGCGGCCCUACUGAGCGCCCCAGGAGGGACUGAGCCGGCUGCACCUGCCGUCCAUGCACAGACCCCCGCCAGGAGGGCCCUCGGAGGCCAACAGGAAGAUUCCCGGAGGGAAACUGUGAAUGCUUCUGAUUUAGCAAUGCUGUGAAUAAAAGAAAGAUUUUAUACCCUUGACUUCACU